AGGAAGUGACAUUUUACUAAUUAGAGGAAGUAGAUUCAACAUUUGUCUUUAAGGAGCUCUAGUUUAGAGACUUACAAGUACAAGAAGCAGAGAGACAGAGAGGCACGAUGGUUGAAUUCAGAUGGAUUAAAAUGUCUUUAUUUCUGAUGCUGGUGCUUCACUUUACAGCAGCAGCAACCGGACAGCUUUAUCUCUCCUUCACUGUCAGAGCUGGAGAUGACGUCACUUUGUCUUGUGAAAAUGUGAUAAAGGAUCAGAAUAACUGUGAUAGUACAAUAUGGCUCUUCAUUGGUUCAAGAAGCACAGCAACAGUAGAGCUGGUUACACUUGGACAGAUUGGUAAAAACACCAACUCUAAAUCAGACAGACUGAGUGUUACAGCGAACUGUUCUCUGGUUAUAAAGAAGGUCACAGUCGAGGAUGCUGGUCGUUACGUCUGCAGACAGUUUAUAUCAGGACAACAACAAGGUCCAGACUCUGUGGUUGAUCUGUCUGUUAUUACCAUGACUGAACAUAAGGACUCUGAUAAGGUGACAUUAAGCUGCUCUGUGUCGACUAAUGGACGAUGUACACACACAGUGAAGUGGCUGUAUAAGGGUCAAGAUUUGGGUAAAGAUAACCAAGAAGUGAAGACAUCACAGUCUCCCUGCAAUGUCUCUGUGACCUUUAAGGCUUCUCAUUACAUUUACACAUCAAACUCUAACUCAUUGAAGUGUGCAGUGACUGAUGGUAACAAAGUGCAGCAGUUUCCCUUCAGACUUCAGCCCUCAGCUGAGAAACCAGCUCGUACAGAUUGGUCUGUUCUGAACUACAUAAUGUUGGUUAUGCGUGUGGCUGAACUCCUCCUAAUUACUGUGAUUACUGUUCUUCUCAUCAGAGCUCGAGGGAACCAGAGACCACCUGAUGACAUCACUGUGAGUUGAAAAGUGAAGUGUAAAAUUAAAAAUAUAUACGAACGAUUGGACACAUAAGUCAGUGUAAAUGCGGUGGGAACUGUUGUGUGAGGUCCACUUAAACAUUUCUUGACAGCAUUAUUUUACACAAAAACAUGAAUCAUAAUUUUAUUUUGAGGCUCUACAUGAGGUAUUGCUGAAUGUAUUGAUCAAGCAGAAUCCCCCAUGGCUUUCAAAUAAAGCCAACACAGAAAUAACAAAAAUUACAGUUCCUUGAGCUGCCACUUGAAGCUGGUUUCAGAAGUGAUCAGGCCCCAUAUUUAAAAGUUUACAGCAGAAACAAACAAAUGUUUACAACCUGGAGCACAGGUGCCUUGAGCUCCCAGUCCAUCAGGAGUUCGCCGCAACUAGUGGUUAGCUAAUAGCAACAAGUAAAGCUAAUGUAUCCAUCAGUAAACUCUGUAUAUCCCUGAGAGCGGAGGUAGAGAAGCUGCACAACAACACAACUGAAAACUAAAAAAGGACUUUCUGCAUCCAAAAUCUUGAAGGGUUACUCCUGAGCAGAGCAGUGGGAUAAGUUAGACAGACUAAUCACAUCCCUGUAAUUCAUGGGCAUAAUCAAAAAAGCACAAUAGGUCCCCUUUAAGAAGCUUGCUGUACUGUAUUUAAGAAUGUCUCUUCUUGCAUUUUGAAAAUGUUUCCUUUCUUUAGCCAGUUCAAUUCUAACAACUUUCUUAGGAUGACAUCCAUUUGAACUUAGGCCUGCUGGUUUUCUGUUUGUCUUUUAAUGUCAUAAGUAGCCUAGCCUAGCACAACCUCCCUUGUAUCACUGUGUGCAGAAGAACUCAUUUUAAUUAACUUUGAUAUAGAAUUGCUGUUUUCCAAUGUCCAAUAUGUUUUUGUAAUUUUAGUGGAGUAGGUUUAAAUGAGCUUUGAUUCUUAAAGUCUGUAACAGUGUCGUCUUCAUAUACACACUGUAAUCAAUUGAUGUGUUGUGUCUUUUAUAGUAAAAUAUAUGAGCUUUGAUUAGUAACAGUGUUGUGUUGAUUAUAACUGAUUGUAUGAUCUGCUGAAAAAAAAUAUGUAUGUAUGUAUGUAUGUUAUAAUUAAUUGAUGUGUCAUGUAUUUUACAAUAAAAGGUGGAUAUCCAUAUUGAUUUUGGAGA